UCACCUUCCCGCCCUGAAGGACGCGAGCAGCUUCUGUGGUAGUCCCUUUCUCUCCUUGGGCGUGUGCACCAACUCCCCGUCCUUGACCUGCGUCGUACAGCAAAAGGCACCAAUACAUGGCAUGUGAAAGCACGUGUAAGUCCCGUCAGUGUGGAGAUGGUUGUGCGGCACUGACCAUUUGUUGUUUUGCGUGGUCCAUGACCUCUGCCCGAGGUUGCGACACCUGCAGAUGCGAGCCGACGACACUCCGUGCCUCCUGGAGGUACUUGGGGUGGUAGACCAAAAGCUCAGACUCGGGUUCUGUACAUACGAGCGCAGAUGUCCACAGAGACACACAGCCACCAGAUGUGAGCCCACAGAAGAGACAUUACAGAUGUGUGUUAUCCCCUUCUUACCGAAUUCAUAUCUGAGUCUAAUAGCGCUGGUGAUUGUGGGCAUAUAUACACAUUGCUUCUUCUUGCUGAACUCCUUCUUGGCCGUCUCGGCAGAUCUCACACGCGACACCAGGCUGUCGGACCGGGCUCGAAUCUUGGCCAUGAUGUUGUAGAUGUUCUCCCAUUGGACUGGAUGGAGUGUGCCGAUGACUCUCGGGAUACUCACAUAGAAGCUCCUGGAUACAACAGACGGGUACCAUGCUGCAAGUGUUUCGACAUGACAAAUCAGUACUCUUCCGUUUUUCUUUGGAUGCCACAGAUCCCGGUGAAUUCGUAGCGGGUGGUGGAGCGGGUGGUGGAGGAAGACACACACACACGGGGGGUUGCUGGCCGGUCCCGCUCGACAUAGUUUCACAUCGGGUGCCUGACCAGGCACUAAAGAAGCGUUCACGCGACAACAUCAUGGCACUCGUGGUCGUCUUUUAGUGCACAUGCAAACAAACAACAGAAACAGACAGACAGACAGACAGACAGACAGACAGUGAGCGGCCGGCCUUUUUUGCAAUCUUGACAGUCAGCUGACAAAUGCGAGCACUCGUGGUCGAGAGAGACACAAUCACGCAGAGACCUUCUUAG